UCUGUUAUUUGCCUGCUUGGUUGGGAAGGACCUGAUGUGCUUCAGGUGUUUGUGGAAAAGACUUCCCCUUAAGAAAGACGGGAAGCCUCUUCUGAUAGUUUUCUGCUGGGCUGUCUUUAGAGGCGGCAGCAGCAGCAUGGACCUUUGGUUUGGGGACAAGUACAGUAGGGGGGGGAAAUGACUUAGCUUCCUAGAGCUUGAGUUGGGGGAUUAAAUAUAUGUUGAAGGUGUAGAUAAAACAGGUUAUGAAAGGGUGUGGGAAAAAGGUGAGGAUUUCAGACAGGAGGCUCUGGGCAAUUCGUUGAGGCUAGCUGAUUGUCAAAAAGGCUCUGUAUUCUCUGACUGUCCUUUGCUUCCAGAAGAGAAAAUGAACACUCCUGCUGCCUCUGAAAGUGGGCCUUACUCCACAAACCAAAGACCCUUUUUUUAUACACAUGCAACAGCACAACAGCGCUUCUCUAACCCAUGGCUCCUUGGCCCUGUGUACAACCCAUAUGGCAUCUCUACAGCAGGUAUAAGAAGCGGUAAUCCGUAUUUCCCAUUAUAUUCUGUUCCUUUCCAUGAGUAUCCUGGAUACAUAGUCCCACAGCAUCCCAUGCACGUGAGAGUUAACAGGAGACCUUAUUUUAAUGGUCACCCGCCCUCGCCCAUGUUUUAUCAGGCCACACGUUUCAGGCAUUACGGCCCUGGGAAACGAACAGAAACAAAAGAAACACAGACUGAUGUUAGACAGACUGAAAGUAAAGCAAGAAAACAUCAGGAUCACAGUAUAGAAACAAAAGGUUGUGAUGCUGGAAAUAUGGCCUGUGUCCCAUCUACUGCUGGAAAAGGAAGUGAAAGUUCUUUAGAAACACCAGAGAGGAUUGUAUCUACUCCUGUUUCAGACAGGGACUUUACCAAGAGCUCUUCGAGUUCUGUACAGUUUCGAAGCCUUCCUCCACCAGGCUACGCCUUUGAGAAAGAGGAAGUAAGAAUAGAGUAUGCCAAUGAUGGUGCACCAUCCAUUCAACUAUGGAAGUCCGUCAAAGAAACAAUCCCUUUGUAUGAUGUGGCAAAGAAAGAGAAUGUAGUGCAAAGAGAUGUGUUUGCUCUGAGCUCUUGUGAAGAAGUAGUGUAUGGGUCUCCUGAACAGGGACAAUUGGUGCCAAGUAUUUCUUACCCAGAGGAGGAAAAGACUCUCGAAGAUAUACAGGAAGAAGAGACUCAAUACAAAGCAAAGCUGGAUUCAGAAAAACAGGGAACUACAAAUUAUAGAGUAAGCUCUCCUGUAGAUGAAGCUAGAACAAUGCAACUGUCUGAAUCGGCCAGACCUGACCAGUCACAAACAAAGCAAGAUGUGCUAAUGUCCAAACGACCCUCUGGCUUAAAGAGGUUGAGGAGUUCAAGAGCUCCUCCAGAUGUGUCAAAUCUUGUUCAACAAAGGGAGCUAUUUCCAUCUGGCAUGGAAAUAACAAAUGAUUCCUGUUUCCCGAAGAAAUUGAAUGAAAAUGGUGAUGUAACCAAUAAAGACUGGGCAACUUCAGAAUCAAGUAUGUGGUGUAAUGAGUCAGAGAAAUACGUUCCUUCUGAGAGCUGGUUGGCUUGCUUGGAUAGUAUGGAUACUAACUUUAACUAUGAAAAAUAUAUGUCCCGAAGAAAGCACCCAAGUAUACUCAGUGUUACCUCUGACGAGAUGUCUUCUGUUGAAGAAGAUUCAUCAAUUGACAAUGCACCCAUGUCUUAUUUUGUCCCUGACUACAUGCUUCAGAAGAGUAUGUGUACCUUCAAGAAAAGCACAGAGGGCUUGGGGAGAGAGAGAAUUAAAAGUGGGGGCUCCCUCAACGAAGAUGAGGAAGUGGAAGGGCAUGAGAAAGCCAAUAUUGGCUAUAGCCAGAAUUUGAAAAAAUGUUCAAGAGUCAAGGCUAAGGAGCUCUCAAGUCGAACUAAAAAGUUAGACAAUAUCUUCAAGUCUUCUAGCAGUAGGCAGCUCUAUCCUCACAAGAAAAAAUCUUCUAAGAGCUUGUCUCCAUCAGAAGCUGACGACUCUGAAGAAUACUGGGUAAAGGAACCAGAGGAGGAUGAAGAAGAAGAUGAGGAAGAUGAGGAGGAAGAAGGGAAGGAAUACUUGAUUCAAGAAGCUGCACCUUAUGGAAGUUUGAACCCUAGUAAAAGUAGCCUCUACUGGACGAAUGGCCAGAAGGUGUUCUGGAGAGUCCCUAAAAAUGUUGUGCCAGUGCAUGCUCUUAAUUUCCCAUUACAAGAAAAAGUGAAAAUGUCAGGAGUGGCUACUAAAUUGAAGAAGGAGCGAAAGCAAGAUGAGGAACUCUGUGGUGAUUUCAACUUCUGCCUGAAGAGGCCUACAGCAAACCAGCUAGAAAUGUUUGAACCCAGACGAAAUUUGAUACGAUAUUCAGAAAGAUUACAAGAAGAAGAAAGAAGGAUCAUGGAUGAUGACUACUGGAUAAAAAGUCUUAUAGCUGAUGACUACUGGAUGAAAAGUGGUGCAAGGCCCAAGUUUGCAAGCCUAGUGCACAGUGGUCCCUCAACCACAGCCAAAAGCAGAGAGAAGGAAGUACGACCUGUUGCUGCAGACAAUUGGCAUGUAGUAGAUUCACCAAAGAAGAAAGGGGUGCAUAAACCUCCACAUAAACGUAGAAAUACAAGACGUGAUGAAGAAGACGUUCAAGAAUGGGAGAAGCCAAAAACAUCCCAUCGCAAGGGGCGUGAAACAAGGAGAUCUCUUUAUAAAAGAAGAUAAUCAGAAUGGUGAAAUGUGUAUAAAUUUGCCCAUAUUGUUCAGAUGAGUCAUUAGUAUUUUUUUGUAACUAUAUCAGCAGGGUCAAAGUUGCACUUGAAGGAUUCCUAAGUGCACAUUUAAAAGAUGUAUAAAAAUAAACUGGACACUAAAAUAAAGGCAUGGGAAUGUAAAUAACACAAUAUUUAAGAAGAAAAAUAAAGGUAAAAUUGCACUAACAA